CAUCUUCGGACUUUUAUACAUAGAUACAAAAGACCAGGAGAUGCAAAUUUGGCGAUUAUAUAGCUACCAAUAUAAGUUGUAGACUUUCUUGACUUUCGACGUUCUGACUGUCGUUAUUAACGUCAUUGUUCCAUAACUAGUACAGACACCAACUGUACUAGUUCAUCUUGUUACUCAAUUGAAGUUCUACAAGGCAUCGAAACUAUCACACACCAUGAGUGCCGCUCCUAUGGUUGCUCCCCCUCCAUCGACAUCUGGUGUAUCCUUAACAUCAUCGGGGGCUCCAGGUCCAGGAGGAUCGACACUUUUGCCUGCUACGUCUUCCGUGGGGUCAACAGGAUCUUCAAUAAAUGGCAAUAUUCCACCAGCAGCGGCGCAUGCAGGAGUGACCAGUACGAGUGGAACGAACGGAGACAAUGCAACUGCAACACUGUCCCGAAAGGUUCGUAAAGUUCUGCAGUUGCGACCUGACCAAUGCAGGGAGGAGCUGAAGAAAAUGUCGAGCUUUGUUACGCAAAACACGGCACACACACGGAGAAACUUGCGAACCACGAUUGAGCAGCAGAGUUUGAAAGUAAGCAACUUAUUUGUAGAAGAUUUCAAUCGUCCUUGUUGACAAGUAGAAGAAGAAACUACAGAAAGAGUACGUCGAAAAAACAUCGAGAGUCCUACAACUACAAGAACUACAACUACAAGAACUACAGCUACAAAUCAUACUACAACUACAACUAUUACUGUCAACAUGUUCUUGACCUUGAACAAGAAGAUUCAUCUCAUCCAUUAACGCACACCUCGACAUAAAAACAUCCAAACCACUUACUUUCCUUUUCCGACAGGUCCAUUCUACCUUUUCUUACAGGUAGAAGAGUCCCCAUUUGUUACCUUUGCCUUUUCCUUCCUAUCCUCUAGCUCCAUUCUAAUUUCGUAGAUGAAGAGUCCCCAUUUAAAUUUAUUACCUUUACCUUUUCCUUCCUAUCCUCUUCUAGGUCCAUUCAACCUUUGUCGAAGAGGUCGGCACAAAGAUUGAGUCUCUCCUAGAGGAACUCGAAGGUGAGAUCGACUCCUUGAGUGACUUGGCAGAUAGGGUUCACAGUGACUUGCAGAAUUCGAGAAAGAGGACCUAUCGCCUGAACGAAGAAGCAUCUAGUUAUGUUGAAUUGUUGUUUGAUGUAUCAUCUGUUUCGCCUGAACGAAGAAGCAUCUAGUUAUGUUCAAUAGUUGUUUCUUGUAUCAUCUGUUGAUGUUUUCUUAUCCUUUGGAAAAAUAGGAGGUGAAUGGUUCCGGUAUUUGGUAACCUGAAUUUGAUCAUAAGGGAAAACAAGAAGACAACCCUUAGGAUCAAAUUCAGGUUACCAAAUACCAGAGCCAUACAGUAGGAUGUUGAGAAAGUGCAGGUGCAGUCCGUACUAGUUACAACGUACUCACCAUUCUCUCCAUUUUUUGUCCUCUCAUGUUCGGGAUCCAUUUUUUGUCCUCUCAUGUUCCGGAUCAUUGUUUCAUCUCAUGUGAAAUUUUUUUGAAUAUCUGAGGCUCAGUCGUCGCUUAUUGUGUCCUCUCUCGCAUCUGUCAUUAUGUUGCGAUCUACUACAACUUCACCCCGAACCCUAUGAAGGCACCAGAAUUAUGAACCACUAAGCGUCUAACUUUG